AUUACGUUGAGCGUCCACUCAGACAAGCGGUAAGAUGGACUCAAGAGCCCAUUAUUCAAGCGAGGCCAGCGCGAAGAGAACGUUGUGGACGUUGAGUGAAAUGGAGGACGGAGAAGAGGAGGAUGCCGGAGCUGCAAGGUCGGAGGCCGAGGAUGCCAAGAAGCAGAACCACAGCGAGAUCGAGAAGCGACGCCGGGACAAGAUGAACAUGUACAUCGGCGAGAUGGCCUCACUGGUGCCCAUGUGCAAGGCCAUGUCCCGCAAGCUGGACAAGUUGACCGUACUCCGCAUGGCCGUACAGCACAUCAAGACCAUACGUGGUUCUAUAAAUUCGUACACGGAAGGGCACUACAAGCCCCCAUGGUUGUCGGACGAGGACGUCAAAAACGUUGUCUUACAGGGUGCUGAUGGUUUUCUGUUCGUUGUGAGCUGUGACCGCGGUCGCAUCCUGUUUAUGUCGGAGUCGGUGCAACAGACGCUCAACUACACACAGGGAGAUCUCCUCGGACAAAGCUGGUUCGACAUUUUGCACCCCAAGGACAUCGCCAAAGUCAAAGAGCAACUUUCUUCGUCGGACAUGUGUCCGAAGGAAAGACUCAUCGAUGCAAAGACGAUGCUGCCGCUGAAAGGGGAAUUUCCGCAGCGGCAGAGCAGGCUGUGUCCCGGUGCUCGUCGCUCCUUCUUCUGUCGGAUGAAAUGCAAGACGCAGGCGACCGUCAAGGAGGAGGCCGACACCACGACGGGUGGCCAGCGUCGCCGCAAGUCGCACAGCUUCGACCGCCGAUACUCGGUCAUCCACUGCACCGGCUACCUCAAGUCGUGGGCGCCCGCCAAGCUCAGUUUGCCCGAAGACGCCCCAGCGGACGACAGUGAUGGGUGCAACCUAAGCUGCUUAGUGGCUGUGGGCAGGGUGCACGGAGAUCUGGCCAGCAGCCCCGCGACAAGGACAGCACUCGAUGCCGAGGCAGUACAGUUCGUCUCUAGGCACGCCGCCGACGGGAAGUUUCUUUUCAUAGACAAGAAGGCAACGUUGAUCCUUGGUUACCUGCCGCAAGAACUGCUUGGCACAGCGUGCUACGAGUACUACUGCCAGGACGACGUCUUGAGGUUGUCCGAAUGCCACAAGAAAGUUCUUCAAUCGAAUGAGGUAGUGUGCACGCAGCCAUACAAGUUCCGCGUCAAGGAAGGUUCUUUCGUCUGCCUCCAAACUCAAUGGAAGGCCUUCAAGAACCCAUGGACUAAGGAACUCGAGUGCCUCGUUGCCAUCAACACGCUCAUUGGAUCUCAAGAGGUGGUUAUCGUGGACAGUUCGAACGGUCAGCUGGACGAACUACUGUGCGGAGGUUCGACCGUCGGCAGCGGCCAGGGCAUGGACGUGGUGAUGCAUAGCGCCGUGUCCUCGGACCACGGGAGAGGAGUCAUGACCCAAUCGAGGUGUCCAAUGGCGGCGCCUCUCUCAAGUGGUGCAAGUCGUGUAGGUGCCGGCAAAACUGGCCGCCACAUUCCCGUGCACGUGCUCGGCAACCAGGCAAAAUCGAAAGAAGCCUGCCAGAGUUCGAGUGGCACCCUUCUAGAUGCAAGCUGCCUUGGCGGGACUACAAACCAGCCAUCCACGUCAGAGGAAGCGAGGAAAGUGUUCGGUAGUCCAUCGCCCAGCACCGUCCUCACCGGGCCCGGUGACCGGAACGGCGAGAUGCAGACCUAUUCGCCCGAGCCACCGCCUCAGUCGGGUCACGCUGCUGCGUCGUUCAGGUCCGCGUCGCCAGCCAAUCAGGCCAUGGCAGAGUCCGAUCUGGACCUGGUGAACAGCUUCGUGAGUCGGGACAUCCUGACUGCCGGAAGUCAGGGCAACAGUGAAGGAAACGACGAGGCGGCCAUGGCGGUCAUCAUGAGCUUGCUGGAAGCGGACGCUGGACUUGGUGGACCGGUGGACUUCAGUGGCAUGCCGUGGCCCUUGCCUUGAAACACCCGUGCGCCCUCCUGUUUACGUGGACCUAUCGCGAACCAUUCGUCGCGUCGAGCAGAGAAGAAUACAGCAUCUAUGGACACUGAUGCGAAGACAUUGCAUCUAUAGUCUGCAUUCAUUCCGAAGUGUGUGUACGUUACCGAACAGAACUCCAAGUCACGCUUUGGAAAAGACCAAUCCCAGCAGGAAACGUUUAAAAAAACUGAUGACCAUCUCUUCCAGCGUGGUUCGCGGUAAACCACGUGGCGUGCUUGUCAUAGAGUGCUGGUUUUAUUAUUUAGGCUUCCUGUGUUUUAACAGCGAGUUCUGCUUCUAUACGCCAAUGUCGGUUGUGCUCCACCAUUUCCCUAUCCACAGAUUGACGUGAGACCAUGUCACACAGCCACUUUGCAAGCAUUGUUAAGACAAACUCUAUACUGUUGCCGCAGGUUUCCUGAGUGCGUAAACGCACGCAUUUGCAAUCGAGUACCUCGGAAAAAGAUUAACUAAGUAGCAAUGUGACGAAGCAGUGCGCUCACAGUGGUAGAGAUCACUUGAAAUAGGACUGGAGCACGUUAGAAGCUGCUUGUACAGUACCCGUAAAACAGGCAAAACAAGUGUCUGAUUUACCUCG